AGAACGGCUAACAAACAAACAUAUACAGCAAAGAAUCAAAACGAAUUGGAGAAGCAGGCCGAAACGCAAAAUGCUGAACCAAAAUUGAUCUAAAACGACACAAACAAGUAUGAAUCUUCUGCAAAAUCAAACAAGGUUUAAUGCAAAAAUGCUUGCAGAAAAAAACCAUCGGAUAAUUAAACUUAAAGUCGACUUGUUUGAAAUGUUUGCAUUGCAAACAGUCAAAACUGAGCAUUCAAGCUUCUAAACCAUUUUAAUACAUAUGUGAUUUCCGGUCUAAACACAGAACAUUUUUAUAAAUCUUUCUUGAUGUUGGGGAAUUUGAGAUUAAUACACUUCGAAAUCCUCAUCUACUUACGUGAUUCUUAUCUCUGUUGUCAGAUUCUUCUAUUUUAUAUUCCUUCCAAUAACUUCCAACCAUGUCCAUCGUCUAUUUCUGUAAUAAACGAGUUUUAUGCGACAAUUUACAAAACUAAUUGCAAUGAAUAAUGAUGAUUAGGUCAAGAAUACCAAUUAGCCGCCGUACCACUUAAGUCGUUAGACAUUAAUUAAAACGCAUCUGGAUCUGGAUUCAGUCGAAGUUUGUUCGUUCGAAGGCUUUCGGAAUCGAUAUGUUUCGUGCAAAGCUCAGAGUCAUCGAACUUACCCUUCUUUUGGCCGUUUUUGAAAGCAUUCAACCCAUUGUGCCGGUACCGCAUUCUAAGUACUUAGAGCAGCACGACUGGCAGGACUUAGAAAACGUGCAUCCUCAUCAGGGAAAUCCGGAAAUGUACUUGAUAGUUCACCCGAAAGUUUCCCGAGAAAUCAUCUUUGAGCAGCCGAUUCUGCUCAUACACAUAGACAAAUGGUUGCUGAUAUUCACCAAGUCUGAUAACUUGCAUUUUGCAUCAAACUUCAAAGCUGAGUGGAUAAAGGCCAACUCGACCUCAAGUUCGGACGCGACUAAAUGCAGUUUUAAAACUGGAUAUAUCCAGGGCCUGGAAAGUUGGAGCAGAGCGGCCGUGUCCAUCUGCAACACUUUACUGACGGGUUAUUUCGAAAUGGGGAACGACUCGUAUUUUUUCGAACCCUUCAAUGACGCCCACAAAUUGUUUAAAAGCCAAAAGAAAAACAAUUUUCCAACUAGGCCUGUUCGGGCAGCGCACACCGAUUGGCUCUUCAAUUUAACCGGGGACACCAUCGAUAUCGAAGAAAAUUAUGGUGAUUUUGAUAUUAGCUCUGAUCAUUCCAUAAACGAGAGCAACGACUCUCGAUAUGAAAAUGCGGAUACUGAAAUUCCUCUGGAGUAUUUGCGCAAAGCAGCCAGUGGAAGUUAUGAUGAGGAAAAUGGGUAUUUCUAUGACACUGCUUGGUCUGCGGUUAUAACCGAAGCUUAUUCAUCAGGUGGCAAGACUUUACCAACCCGCUGGCUGGAAAUCGCCGUCGGCGUGGACCAUUCCCUCAUAUCCUUCCAUGGAAAGGACAAAGUCCAGCAGUACGUUCUGGCCUUAAUGAACAUAGUGAGUGCGAUCUACCAGGACGCAUCACUAAGCGCCAACAUUAAGCUGGUGAUUGCCAGACUGUUGCUCUACGAGCACAGCAAGCACGGAGUAGUGCGGCCUGGAAACGCGAAAAAAUCCCUGGAAAAUGUGAAUAUCUGGAACAGGAAGCUGCACGCUCAACUGAAACCUGGACAACCCAGGCACGAUGUUGCCAUUUGGCUGACUAGAUCUGACAUUGGAGGCCCGUCUGGAUAUGCCCCUGUUGGAGGGGUGUGUGACCCUAAAAGGAGCUGCGCCCUAAACAAGGACGAAGGCCUAACCAGUGCUUUUAUUAUCGCCCAUGAAAUGGCUCACAUGUUGGGUUUAAGCCAUGAUGGCGAUAAAAAGGCCAGGAACGAUUGUGAGCAAGAUGCAGCAGACGGAAGCGUGAUGGCAGCGAUGGUGUCUGCCACAUUCAGCAAGUUCUCCUGGUCAAAGUGCUCGCAAAGGGAGUACAAGCAGAAAGUUGGCAACUGGACUUGUUUAUUCAACGCGCCGCGCUCCAAUGGGGAAAUUCCACUCAAUGCCACCCUCCAAACGGUUUUCAGCAUGGACGAGCAAUGCCGGAUGGAGUUCGGGGAAGGCUACUUAAUGUGUCGAGCCUUCGACAUAAUCGAGCCUUGUUCCCACUUAUGGUGCGGCCACAAAGACUCCCCCUUGGUGUGCAAGACCAAAAAAGGUCCUCCUUUGGAGGGGACUGAAUGCGGAUUUGCUAAGUGGUGCCUGAAUGGUUAUUGCAGCGAAAUUCCCCAAAGGCCCGACCAGGUGCCGGUGCUCCUCAAUCCCCAGCAUGGCGGAUGGAGCGAGUGGAGCUUGUGGGGUCCCUGCUCGCGUUCUUGCGGCGUAGGGGUGCAGUAUCGAUACAGGAAUUGUGAUAAUCCCAAGCCGUCGUUCGGAGGAAAAGACUGUGAAGGCUCCAACGAAGACUAUCGUCUCUGCAACAAGUCGGCCUGUGAGAACCAAUUUGUGGAUUUGAGGGCCCAACAGUGCGAAAUGCUGCCCCGGAUCCUCAACGCCAGUUUCACUAGCACCAGCGACACCUGGUUGCCCUACGAAAGUCUCGAAGAGGAAAGUAAAUGCAAGUUUUCCUGCAUGAGUGAUGAGCGCAAAGAGAUUCUCACCCUGGAGGAAAACCUGCCAGAUGGCACGCCAUGCUCCUAUGAAGAUGAGGACAAAAUUUGCAUCCAAGGAAAGUGCCUCCUGAUUGGUUGCGACGGCCAGCUGAGCUCCACCGUGGUUCGGGACAGGUGCGGAACCUGUGGAGGCGACGGCUCUGAAUGCAACACAACCACCAUUCUCCUAAGGAGGAAAAUGAAGAAAGAAGUGAAGAAGAUCGCGGUGUUCCCCAGAAUGGCCCGGCAUAUUCAGUUGGAGGCCAACGUCUCCUUCCAGGACAGGUCGCAAAAAGAAUCCCCCAGCAUUGCUUUUGUGUUGAAGAACCGGAAGAAGCGGGGUUAUGCGGUCGCUAUCCCCAACACUGUGCCGAAUUCAAAAGUGGUGGAAGGUGCACACUUUUUUUACCGAAAGGAUGGAGGUGUUCAUAGCAUUUGGGCCAUUGGCCCGGUGCUGGCAGAGCUGCUAAUUAUGAUCAUUUCCUCAGCAAAACAGGCCCUGAAGGGCAUAAACGUGUCGGCCAACUCCCAAUAUUCCAUCCACAAGGACUACAUGGUGCCGUCAACCAAAUUCAUCUGGAUCAUUGGAGGUUGGGGUCCCUGUUCCCGAAGUUGCGGAGGAGGCAAGCGCCAAAAAACCGCCGCCUGUUGGGACAACCAAAACGCCAAACUCGUAAAACGCAAGUUUUGCUCUUUGCUGGAAAAGCCGGCAAUGGAAACGGAAACUUGCAACAACUUUGGGUGCGAGUUCCAAUGGGUGGCGGGAGGCUGGGAACCCUGCAGCGCCACCUGCGGAAGCCUGGGCAUGCAGAGCAGGGAGGUUUACUGUGUGCCAAGUGCAAAAUCUCAAGGCGAACUGGAGGAGGUUUGGAGGUACAUGGUUAGCCCCAGGAGGUGCAUUUCGAGUCCCCCAGCCACCUCCAAGCAUUGCAAUCGGUUUCCUUGCUUGUACCACUGGCAGUACAGCCAAUGGUCUGAGUGUUCGGCUAGUUGCGGUACUGGCAUCAGCUCCAGAACAGCGUACUGUCCAGCUCUGGAUGAUGGUACCUGCGGGGAACCUCCGCCACCUCAAAGGCAGAUUUGCGCCGGAAACUUUACCCGAUCCAGCAACCCGCUGUGCAAAGGGAGGAAGUUGAGGGAGUGCAAACAGGACGAGUCAAAGUACUGCGGUUUUAAUCUGCUGCAGCGCUACUGCCAGCUGAAGGGUUUUCGGAGGUUGUGCUGCAGAAGUUGCGCCGGUUUUAUGGAGAAGAAUGCCAAGAAGCACGGUUUUAUCAUCGGCAGUCUAUAGAGUUUUUAGGGGAAUUGAAGGGAGUUUUAUAGGUAUUUUUCCAAUCUUCUACUUUCUUAUUUAAGGGAAUUGCGUUGCCCGUCAAUAAAAAUGUUUGAAAGUG